AUGGCUGAUGCCCAGAACAGUUCGCUAGACAGCCCAGGGAGCGUGGGGGCUGUGGCAGUGCCCGUGGUCUUUGCCCUCAUCUUCCUGCUGGGCACGGUGGGCAACGGGCUGGUGCUGGCCGUGCUGCUGCAGCCCGGCCCCGGUGUGUGGCAGGAGCAGGGCAGCACUACGGACCUGUUCAUCCUCAACCUGGCCGUGGCCGACCUCUGCUUCAUCCUGUGCUGCGUGCCUUUCCAGGCCGCCAUCUACACGCUGGACGCCUGGCACUUUGGGGCCCUCGUCUGCAAGGCUGUGCACCUGCUCAUCUACCUCACCAUGUAUGCCAGCAGCUUCACGCUGGCCGCCGUCUCCGUGGACAGGUACCUGGCCGUGCGGCACCCGCUGCGCUCGCGGGCCCUGCGCACCCCGCGCCACGCGCGCGCCGCGGUGGGGCUGGUGUGGCUGCUGGCGGCGCUGCUGGCGGCGCCCUACCUCAGCUACUACGGCACGGUGCGCUACGGCGCCGGCGAGCUCUGCGUGCCCGCCUGGGAGGACGCGCGCCGCCGCGCCCUGGACGUGGCCACCUUCGCGGCCGGCUACCUGCUGCCCGUGGCCGUGGUGAGCCUGGCGUACGCGCGCGCACUACGCUGCCUGCGGGCGGCCGUGGGCCCGGCAGGCGCGGCGGCGGCGGCGGGGGCGCGGCGCAGGGCGGCGGGCCGCGCGGGGCGCGCCAUGCUGGCGGUGGCGGCGCUGUUCGCGCUGUGCUGGGGCCCGCACCACGCGCUCAUCCUGUGCUUCUGGUUCGGCCGCUUCGCCUUCAGCCCGGCCACCUACGCCUGCCGCCUGGCCUCGCACUGCCUGGCCUACGCCAACUCCUGCCUCAACCCGCUGGUCUACGCGCUCGCCUCCCGCCACUUCCGCGCGCGCCUCCGCCGCCUGUGGCCCGGGGCGCGCCGCCCCCCGCGCUCCCGCCGCGCCCGCCGCCGCGUCCGGCCCGUGUCCCCGGGCCCUGACGGCUGCCCCUGCCCCGGGGACGCCAGGCCUCCGGGCGGCGGCUGGGACGGGGAGCCCGGGGAAGAGGCGGGCCCCGCCCUGACUCCCGCAGCAGCGAAAUAA